AUGAAAAGUUAUAAAGUAGUUAUUGUUGGCGAUAAGGCUGUGGGCAAAACGGUAUAUAUAGAUUCAUUCAUAACUGGUGAGUUUAUGAAAAGCUAUAUUCAAACAAUUGGUGUUACAGUUAAAGACAUAGAUUUUCAUACUAGUAUUGGUAAAGUAGGUUUUCAAUGUUGGGAUAUAAGUGGGGAUCCCAAAAUGGUAGGUAUAGUUGAUGGAUUUUUAAUUGGCGCAGAUUGUGCUAUUAUAAUGUUUGAUGUAACUGAUAGACAAACAUAUAGAAGUGUUGCCGGUUGGUAUGAUACUUUGUCAAGAGUCGUACCAGGUAUCCCGGUGGUUUUAUGCGGCAGUAAAACAGAGGAUCCAAACCGUAAAGUUGGUCCAAGCUCAAUUAUUUUUCAUAGAAAAAGGGGAUUAAGUUAUUAUGAUAUUUCAACACAAAGUAAUUUCAAUAAGGAAAAACCAUUUAUUUAUUUAUUAAAUGUUCUAAAUAAAAGAAAAGAUAUAGCACUCGCAACCCCACCAUAUGAAUCAGAAGCCAUCAAUGAACAAAAAGAUAAUUCUAAAAUAGAUUUAUCCAAAGUUGAUAAUUGUGAUAACUUUAAUGAAAAUCCAAAUCACAAUAAUAAUACCAAUUUACCACUUGUAAUUCCAAUCACUUUCUUUGAUCCAGAGGAUUUAAAUUCAGAUUUUAAAAAAAAUUUAAACCUUAAUUAG